CCCCCAAAAUAUAAAUUGUUACUAAUCGCCCCCUAACAUGGAAAAACGCCCACAUGGGGGCGAUAUCACCCCCGUUGAGAAACACUGGUCUAAACAGUCCUGCGAGCUGAUUGGCGUAGAGACAUUACUACACUCAUUCUUUAGUAUCUUCUAUUUCUUACUUGUUUUCAAGCAUUUUGUAAAAUGAAUCCAUCCGCAAUUGCUGGGCCAAGCUCCGCUAAACAGCUACAGAUGUCAGAUAUCCGUGAGUUGCUAGUUGAUAGUAGCGAGAGCGAAAGUGAUUUGGCCUCCGACGACGAAAUAGAGGAGGGAGAAGAAGGACGACAAGAAGAGAUACUAGAAAAUGGAUUAUCUAGCGAAGACGAAGAGGAAACCAUCUUCGGAAGUGAGGCGUGGAUACCACAUGGAGAACCAAGAGAACCUUUUUCCACUUUCGCAGAAGGAGAAUUGCUCGUUGAUUUCGGCGAAAAACCAACUGCACUCCAGAUAUUUGAAUAUUUUUUUGAUGAUGAGCUUACUAAACACAUCACGCAUCAAACAAAUUUGUUCGCCGAACAAUCUACCCAAGAGAAAAGAAGAUCGUCUCUUAUGAAACGUAGAAGCAGAGAUAAGGAUUGGAAUGAAACCAACACGGAAGAAAUCAAGUUUUUUUUCGGCUUAAUAAUUUUACAAGGAAUACUACAAAAACCUACUAAUUCAUUAUAUUUUUGCAGGCAUCGCAUCCUACAAACGCCCUUCUUUUUCGAAAACAUGACGGAAAAUCGAUUUUAUCUACUGAAAAAAUUUUUACAUUUUAAUGACAAUACACUUUUUGACCCAACAGUAACAAACAAACGGCUGUAUAAAUUAAAACCUGUUUUUGAUCAUUUAAUUCGGAAAUGGCAAUCAGCAUACACUCCUGGUACAAACAUAAGUAUUGAUGAGAGCUUAUUGUUAUGGAAAGGAAGACUACAGUGGAGAGUGUACAUCCCAAGAAAAAGAGCCCGUUACGGGAUGGAGUCAUUUCAACUUUGCGAGUCCUCUACUGGUUACGUAUACAACAUGAUAAUGCAUACAGGAAGCGAAACAGAGUUUAAAAAUAACGUCCAAGGAUUAGAUAUAUCAAAUCAGCUGAAAUCAACAAAAAUAGUAUUAUGUUUGAUGGAUCAAUUAUUAAAUAAGGGCUACAUGUUAUUUGUAGACAACUAUUAUACUUCUCCUGUACUUUUUGAUUUGUUAGUUGAUUUUAAGACAGAUGCAGUCGGUACGCUAAGAACAAACAGAAAGGAGCUGCCAGAAGACAUUAAAAAUAAGAAAUUGAAGAAAGGAGAUUUCAUCGCAUUCUACAGAAAAAAGUUGAUGAUAUUGAAGUGGCAGGAUAAGAAGGAAGUAUGUAUGCUAUCGACCGUACAUGAUGCUGAAGUGGUCCCAAUAAAAACCAAAAAUGGAGAAAAAAAAUUAAAACCACUUGUCUGUGUGGAGUACAAUAAAGGAAUGGGGGGAAUAGAUCUAGCGGACCAGUGUAUUACAACAUAUUCGAUUGCGAGGUCUCGAUUAAAAAAAUAUUAUCACAAAAUGUUUCGUCACCUGCUGGACAUUACAAUCUUCAAUUCUUUUAUCCUGCAUAAAAAGUGUGGAGGAAAGCUUACUCAACUGAACUUCCGGUUGCAACUUGUGGACCAACUUACGGAGAAGUACAUCGGUGGAGUUACGACACCAUCCCCUACAAGAAAACACAGGCAGGAAAUUGCCCCAAAAAGACUCCUGGGGAGGCAUUUUCUCAGAGAGAAUUCACCGACAAAUACGAAAAAGCAUGCAACAAGAAGAUGCAUCAUUUGUAUGAAAAAAGGAGUUAGGAGAGAAUCAGCAUAUUCCUGUAAACAGUGUGGCGUUCCCCUGUGUAUAGAUCCUUGCAUGGAAAUUUACCAUACGAAAAAAAAAUUCUGAUAUAUAUAUAUAUCAGAAUAUAUAUAUCUAUAUAUAUAUAUAUAGAUAUAUAUAUGCUUUUAUCAAGUUAUUUUUUCUACACUAUUAUAUAAAUAGUAAAUGUUAAAUUUACGUAUACAUACGAUUUCAGAGAAUACGAGUGCAAGAUUCGAGGAUAAGUAUUUCUACAAAAUAUUUAUUAUUUUACACUAUUAAUUUCAAUUUGAAUAUCCAGAUUUUAUUCAUUAUUUAGAAUACUUUUAAAUUUAAUGUUUUUAUU